UACCGAUUGUUUCUUCCCGGCAUACUGUACUACACAUUUCAAAAAAAAAUAAAAAAAUUACCGAUUGUUUCUUCCCGGCAUACUGUACUACACAUUUUGUCGUCCUCCCCUUCCCUUCCCUUCCCCAGCUCAAAAAAUAGAGGAAGAACACACCAAACGUUUGGUUUGGAAAGAACACAUUACACACCCAAACAUUUUUUUCUUCUUCCCCGACUCAAACAAAACCCUCACUUUAAAAUGUCGACUUCUAUGGGGUUUGUAAAGAAAAUGAAACAACACUUCAAGUCUGAAAUGGAUGAUGUCUUCAGCGAACAAAUCAAGUUUGGUUUGUUUUCACUUAAUUUUUUGGUCGUUGGUGGUACAUUUGGUUUUCAAUGUUAUGAUGCUGUUUUCAAAGAAUCCACAAAGGAAACUGUGCAACUUACUAUCAAACAAUUCAAGAAGGAUCAUCAAAGGAAAGAAAUAUUGCCUGAAUGGAUCUCUUUAUGGGCAAGUAAGGAUGACGACAAGCUUAUCCGAAGAUCUCUCAAGCUCAUUCACAAAGUAAUUGAAGAGGAUCCGGAUGAAUUUGUUAAUCGCAAGAAAGGUUUUAGCCGGAUGAUAGAGCCUUGGAUUACAAAGGAUUAUGUACAAAAGAAAGGUCUCUAUACAAAGAUGUGGACUAAAUUUGGCAAUGCGAUAAAGUUUGGAAUCGUUAAGUCUGAAGCUAAUAGGAAUGAAUUUGCCAACUUCCUCCGAUUUGAGAGCACAAAAUCCGAAGGCGAGCUGAUAAGCCUAGAUGAAUAUUUGUCAAGGCUGCAAUCCGGUCAAAACAAAAUAUUUUACCUCAUAGCGACCAAAAAUCAGUUGGAAAAGUCUCCCUUUAUUGAGAUGCUCAAGAAAAAAGAUUUUGAGGUGAUACUCUUAACAGAUGAUAUAGAUCCAUAUGUGGUCCAACAUCUGUUGGCUUAUAAGGGGAAGACAUUCCAUGAUAUAUGCCAAGAUGGAUUCAAAUUCUACAAGGAAGACCUCGAGAAGUCAUUUGAAAAACUUGUUCAAUGGUGGACAAAGCUUCUUGAUGUUGAUGUAAAAAUCAACCAUCUUCUUUCCUACACUCCUUGUGUUGUGGUGGAGUCAAGGUACGGGUUGACUUCAUUUUUGGAGAUAUUACCACAUUCGGAGCCACACAUGCCUGCUAGAAGAGUGCUCGAAAUCAACCCUGGGGAUCCGAUGAUUAAGGAUCUUUGUCAGCAUGACCCAAAGGAUGAGAAUGUGCAGCGGCUAGCUAUAGCCUUGUAUGGUAUAGCUUUGAUCGAGAGUGGGUUGUUGCUCACAGAGUCGGAGACUUCGACUUUUCAUCCGUUUAGAUUUGCUCAAAGCAGUCUAAACCGCUUCGGAGGUGUGAAGAAGGAGCCCGAGAUUGAAAUUGGGAAGAAUUUUUUUGAAAAAGUAUUUCCAUUACCUUGGAGCCGUUCGAGCAGAACACCUUAGGAAUUCGUAGGUUGACGUGUGUAAAAAUUGUGAUUGAAUAGUUUUGAAAAUUUGUACGGA